CUCUUCCCUUCCCCAACCGAACUCUCUGCUCCCUCACUUUCUCUCCACCUCUUCUUACUCUGCCUCCUCCUCCUUCUCUCCCUGACAUCACUUCCCAUGGCGGAUUCACCAUCACCGCGGCCGCCUGCAACGCCUGUGAACCUCCACACUCCGAAAAAACCUGACCACAAGUCCUCGCUCUCCUUCCUCCUCACCGCUCCGACCACCAAGGCCAUCGCUUUCAGCUUCGCCCUCACCGUCAUCUUCUUCACCCUCCUCCUCGCCGUCGCCCUCACUCCCUCCUCCUCCUCCUCCACCUCCUCCCCUUGGCUCCAGCCCCUCCUCCGAACAAGCUCCAGCCCCUCCUCCCACUUCAUCGUCCUCCCCACCACCCCGGCCACCUCCCCUCCUCCUUCUUCCCAGCCACCUAACCGUCCCAAUUCCUCCGCCUCCUCCUCUACCUCCGCCUCCGCCUCCGCCUCCGCCUCCGCCUCCGCCUCCGCCUCUCCCCACCCCCACUCUAGGAAGCGGAAGAGGCGAAAUGGGCCGGCGAAGAAGAAGCGCAAGACCUGCAAUUUAUACCAAGGGAGAUGGGUGAAAGAUGAUUCUUACUACCCUCUGUACCCGCCCGGAUCUUGCCCCCACAUCGACGAGCCUUUCGACUGCCACCUCAAUGGUCGGCCUGACUCCAGGUUUCUCUGGUACCGGUGGCAGCCCCGGGGUUGCAAUAUCCCAAGGUUGAAUGGCAAGAAAAUGCUCAAGAUGUUGACAGGAAAGCGGCUCGUGUUCGUUGGCGAUUCCCUCAACCGGAACAUGUGGGAGUCUCUUGUUUGUAUACUGAGAAAUUCGGUUACGGACAAGAGCAAAGUUUUUGAGGCCUCCGGGAAGGAGGAAUUCCGAGCAGAGGGAUCCUACUCAUUCAUAUUUCAGGACUAUAACUCCUCGGUGGAGUUCUUCAGAACGCCAUUUUUAGUUCGGGAAUGGGAAGUCCCGGAGAAAAAUGGGUCGAAGAAGGAGACCCUUCGUCUCGAUUUGGUGGAGGGAUCAUCUGAUAAGUACAAGAAUGCCGAUGUUCUCAUCUUCAACACGGGCCAUUGGUGGACUCACGAGAAGACUCUUAUGGGGAAGGGCUAUUAUCAAGAAGGCGAGCAUGUACACAGUGAAUUGAGUGCUCGACUAGCCUUUUGGAAGGCGAUGUUGACUUGGGCUAGAUGGGUCGACUCCAAUGUGGACCCGACCAGGACCACCGUGUUCUUCAGAGGCUACUCUUCUUCCCAUUUCUUUGGGGGGCAGUGGAACUCGGGUGGGGAAUGCGACAAAGAGACCGAGCCAAUACUGGACGAGGAAAAAUUGUCAUUCUAUCCACAGAAAAUGAGGAUCCUUGAGUCAGUAAUGAAGGGGAUGAAGACGCCCGUGAUCUUUCUCAACAUCACGAAGAUGUCCGACUUUAGGAAGGAUGCGCACCCUUCAAUCUACAGGGAACAGAAUUCCACCGAAGAGAAGAGAAGAUCGCCGUCUAUCCCACAAGAUUGCAGCCACUGGUGCCUCCCCGGAGUUCCCGACACGUGGAACGAGCUCGUGUACUACCAUCUUCUCACAAGGCUUUACGAGAAGCGGCAUAAGAGGCAGUGGCAGGGAAAAUUGAGGACAGGACUGUAGCCAAAAAGAGUUUAGAGAGUAGAGUUCAAUUUAUAGGAACUAGCAUCUAUUGUUAUUCUUUAGAUAUAUAGGUCCCAGAGUUUCGAUUUAUUCACCUCCAUGGAGCCGAGAAGCCUGAUCUUCUCCAUGUAAGUCCGAUUAAUAUAGUAUUUGUGUUUGUCAUGUUGUAAUCUGUAGCCUGUAAUUUGCAAAGCUCAUGAAGCCGAUAGCUCAUAAUAGAAAGUGAUAGAGAUGGUGAAGCCACCCUGCGAGGUAACUCUUUCUUCUGUUGGAAUUUGCUAAAUCCUUGUAAUCGAGCAAGAUGAGUUCCCGCGUUCGGAAC